AUGCGCGUUACAUUAGCGAAAAACAUUAGCAAUUUGGACCGUCGAGAGACAUCGACAGGUCUCGUCGCAUCACUAGUAGCCGGCCCGAGCCGGUCGUCCCCUCCGCCGCGCCAGUGUGCCCCGCGCCGUCGCAGAGCGCGUAUCGUUUUCGCAUCAAGUACGAUGAGGAUCGCGGCGCUGUCCGCGCUGCUGGCCGUCGCGCUGUGCGGCGACCCGUCACCGGUGGACGAUGUGCGCAACAAGUUCUACGCCCUCGAGGCGGCGCUGUGGAGGAACGUCACUGAGCCGGGCUGGCUGUCCGCCGGCCAGGGGGGCGACGUGGAGCUAGCCAAGUGCUUCGUGACCCUGAACGAGUACGUGGAGUCGGUGCCGCGCACGGCGAGGCCGCCGCUGCGCACCUGGCUGUGGUCCAUGGCCAUGGAGAAGCUGCAGGUGAUAGACGGCCUGUACAAGAACUUCGUGGAGUUCGUGCGGCGGCAGGCGACGCCGGGCGCGGUGCCGGCGCCGGUGCGCGAGUGGCUCGACCUGGCGGAGAGCGUGCUGAUGGACCCAAAGGCCUCGGUGGCGCAGGCCGUCAGGAAGCUGCACGAUCUGACGGAGCACGGCGACGUGUUCAGGGCCGCGCUGCAGGAGGAGCACCCCGACCUUUGCGAGCUGCAGCUGUCCCAGCACCAGCUCAUCUACGACAUGUACAACACGAUCUCCCUCACCGAGAUCAAGGGCUACGCUAUGAUGCAGUUCUCCUGGAUGCUGCUUAGAAUCUACGGGAAAGGGAAUUUCACGCAAGAGGCGAGCCUCACGAGGCAGAGGUACGGGGAGAGGUCUGCCCGUACCGCCACCGCCGCCAAGAACGCCCUGGCAAUGGCCCGGCGGGAUCUCUACCGCUGCGACCCACCGGCCCAUAAAGAAGGCGAGACGUACGCGGAGGUGACUCGCCUGCUGCAGGGCUACAUCGAGAACGAGGUGGACAUGAACGCGGAGGGCACGUGCCGCGACAACUGCGGCUACUACACGCUCGCCGAGAGCCACGGCUGCUUCAAGGACCAGUUCUGCACGAAGCAGCCCAAGUGCAAGGGCCGCAUCAUCGACUGCCAAUACAUAGACUCCGACAUGUGGGUGUGCCAGCCGAGCAACCGAAGCAGCAAACGGCGCUACGAGUGGAUAGAGUACGAGAACGGAAGGAAGUUCGGACAGGCGGCAGGCAGCUGCUCGCAGGCCACUACCAAGGUGGACUCGUGGUGGCGCUGGCUGUUCUGGCACUGCUCCUACUGCAUGUGCCUCUGCGACGAGACCGGUCCGAGGUCCGACCGCUACUUCAGCCUCUGGGACUCUACGUCGGACGUCAAGAGCAACAAAAGUCCGCGCGACGCCGUCCCGCCACUGGUUCUAAUCGCAAUUUUUCCUCCGAAGGUCGACUCCUGGUGGAAAUGGAACCUCCUCCACUGCUCGUACUGCUUUUGCCUUUGCGAGGACGAUGUCGCCUCCUCCGAACGAUUCUUUAGCAUGAGAGAAGCGUUGGCCGACGGAGCGGAGAACAUGGUGGUGACUGGGGUGCGGCUAGUUAAGUUCGGGCGGGUGUUCCACCUGCAGAUAAGCGAGGGCACGCUUGGCGAACGAGGGGCUGUGAAACCAGGCAGCUGGGUGCCGAUACAGAAGUUCGACCCCAGCGACUCUGGCCUCAGGGAGGGAAUGGACUAUCACACCCUCACGUACGAGAGGAGGGCCAUCGACCUGGACGAGUUGGACUCGCCGGCGGGGCACGUUUUGACUGGUGUCAGGUUCCGCAUGAUCGGCGCCCACUUGCACUUCGAGAUCCGCUCGACGCCCUUCAACUACACGACCGGCCGCCUCUCGCCCGAGAAGAGCGUGUGGAUCAGCAACGACAACACCGACGGCGCCGAGAAGCCCAGGUCCCGGCUGAUGCUGUACCGGCCCGACGUGCCCACCCGCCACGCGGUGCCGCUCUCCGUCGACUCCAAGCACGACCAGUACGUCGAGUUCACCAACACGGACUUCGAGGCUGACGCCGCGCAGAGCACGGUGCCCUUCGUCGACAUACAGCCCGUGCAGCCCAUGAAAGGCGGAGCGCUGUCCAGCGGCGCGGGGCUGGUGCACCGCGGAGCCCCGGGCUCCGGCGGCUUCGUGGCGCUCAAGCUCUUCACCUACGACUACUCGCGCCACGUGAAGGCGGACAUACCGCCCGCUGCGUACGAGGAGGUCGCAGAGACCUCCGAGUUCGCGCCCAUCGUCAAU